AUACUGACAUUAAGCAUGGCUCUUCAUUGGGGAAUUUGUGGAGCGGGUACCAUCUCUAAUGACUUUGUUUCGGCACUCUUGGCUCCUCCAAGUAAUGUCCAUGAGGUUGUUUGCAUAGGGGCAAGAUCACUCGAAAGAGCACAACUUUUUGCAGACAAAUUUGGAAUAAAGACGGCAUAUGGAUCUUAUGAGGAGGUUGCCAAUGAUCCAGAUGUCGACAUUGUGUAUAUUGGUGUGAUACACAUUUACCAUGUGGCACUGUCCAAGCAGAUGUUAAGAGCUGGGAAGAAUGUUCUCUGUGAGAAACCAGUAGCAGCCAGUCUGUCUCAGAUUCUGGAGGUCCAGCAGGUGGCUAAAGAGUGCAAAAAGUUCUUCAUGGAGGCAGUAUGGACAAGAUGCUUUCCAGUUUACCGCAAAAUUAAAGAAGAGGUGCGGGCUGGAAAUUUGGGAGACAUCAAGCAUGUUCAAGCUCAGAUUUGUAUUCCACUUAGCCAAGUAAAUCGAAUCACAGACCCUGAAUUAGGAGGAGGGGGGUUAUAUGACAUUGGUGUUUACACAAUUCAGUUGGCCACCAUGAUUUUUAACAAUCAAACCCCAGAAAAAAUUACAGCUGAUGCAACACUGUCGGAUCAAGGAGUUGAUACAGAUGGAUGCAUUACAUUAACGUACAAGAAUGGUGGGCGAGCCGUGUUAGUUUAUAGCACAUUGUUUCAAGCAGGAAAGAACAACACAGCCACAAUAUAUGGUACCAAGGGAAAAAUAGAGAUAGGUGCAAAUUUCUGGUGUCCUUUGGAAGCCACUCUACCAUCUGGUAAAAUUAGCAAUGAAAUAGCCAAUGGUCCAGUUCCAUAUAAUUUUCCCUAUAGUGGUGGUCUGAGAUUUGAGGCGGACUGUGUCAAACGAUCUCUUGAAGCAGGGAGACUUGAAUGUAGUGAAGUGUCGUCUGCUGACAGUCAAGCUAUUUACCAAAUUGUUGAUGAAGUUGUGAAGCAGAUCGGCAUGAAUGCCAAAUGGUGAACAAUGCAUGCAUUUUAAAAAGGGUGAUUUCAGCAAGGCAUCAAAAAUUAUUCUACAUUAAUGGGAACCAGCUUUGUUAACCACAAACUACAUAGUGGACAGAUAAAUGCUAACGCGUGAUGCUUUGAGGCUUUUAUACACUAGAAAGUGUAAUAAUAUCUUAUCAGUUAAUUUCAUUUAACAUGGAUACCUCAUGUACAACAACUUACUUGAUUUGAUCUCUUUUUAAAUAUUUAUAUAAAGUUGAAUAUUUAAAACAUAUUUUGUAUGUAUAUAUUGUAGACAGGUUUAAAAUUGAUCAGGUCCGCUUGUUUGCUUCUAUUCCGCGUAACAUUAACAUCUGUAAUAAUUUCUAUGGAAAUCGUCUUAAUAAAAAAAACCCAGAAUAUUAAUACA